CGGCCGGUCACUCUCCACUCUUGACGCGAGGGGGGGAAUCUCGGGUCAAAGUCGGCACGUUGAGGAAGACUGUCAAUGUCCUGGCUUUUAUAUUAAUUAGCAUCUACUUUCUUAGAGAGCUUCUGAAAAAAAAUAUUGAUAUCAUUUCUCUGGAGAAUCUUUUUUUUUUUAUUAUUAUUAGGGUAUAAUUAGCUUAAUUGGAUAGGACAAAGUGACGAAUGUGAUUUGUGCGUAAAGACUCUUAAACUUGAUGAAAACCAACUAAAACUGAACCGGGCAUUCACCGAUACCUCAUCAACCCUCACCGUCUAUAUGAAAUCUUUCAAGUCAUGUGAUCGAUCAACAUAACGCGACCUGCAAAUACCACAUGGAAACGCAUUUGGUAUCUUCAAGUACCACCAUAUAAAGAUAACACAGCAAGCAAUCGACGAGGAAGCAGUGCCUCAUCAGAGAUCAGCUGACUGACACAACAUGACCGGGACUGGCACUCUGCGCUGUCUCUUCAUCUUGGCACUCGUCAUGGCCGCAUCGCACGCACAGAGACAAUGCGGUGUCAGUCGCUUCAACAAACACAGACAACCACGGCCCUUGAACCAAGACGCCACGGCCUACGGUGACAGCGGAGGAGACGACGACUACAACAACUACGACAACAACGACAGCUUCACGCAGCAGCGACUUCGGACGAAUAACAGAAUGAUGGUUUUCGAAGACACGUCGACUGGCCGCAUCGUUGGGGGCAAGGAGAGUAUACCCGGAGCAUGGCCCUGGCAGGUAUCCCUCCAGCUGAUACAUCCACGCUGGGGUCGCAUCGGCCAUUGGUGCGGCGGGGUCCUCGUCGACGAGCGAUGGGUAGUCACUGCCGCCCACUGUAUCAACAACAAGGCCUUCAGCUUCACCCAGACUGCCGCCGUGUGGCAGGUUGUCCUUGGGGAAAACGACCGCUCCGAACUCAGCGGCCACGAGUCCGUGCUCGGGGUCGUCACCGUGGUGACUCACGACGACUUCAAUGACUACCAGAACGACAUUGCCAUGCUGAAGCUGAGGGAGGACGCGGUGUUCAGCGACUACGUGCAGCCCAUCUGCCUCCCGGACGUCGACGCAGGGCUGGACAACGAGACCUUCCUAGGCAUCAAGUGCGUGGCGACGGGCUGGGGCAUGCGAGUCCACGGGGCGCGCCUUGAGAACCGCCUGAAGGAGGUGUGGGUGCCCGUGGUCAACAACAGCCACUGUUUCAAGAUCUACGGCAUGAUGCACAGCAUCGACGUCAAGGACUACCACGUCUGCGCUGGCUUCACCCACAGCAGCGGCGGCCAGGGAACGUGCGUCGGCGACUCCGGGGGGCCUCUGCAGUGCAACAUGCGCGACGGCCGCUGGUACCUCGCCGGCGUCACCUCCUUCGGGUCCGGGUGCGCCAAGCCGGGCUUCCCCGACGUCUACACGAGGAUCACGUAUUACCUGCCGUGGAUCAAGCAGCAGAUGAGGAUCUACAGAUGAUCGCGGAAGGAAGGGAUGUGAAGGAGGACGGCGUCGAAGAGCGGGAUGGAGGGUUCCGCGGCAGGCGAUCGAAGGCCCCCUCGUGCGGUAGCUGAGGAACCGAUGCGUCCAGGUCGUCUGCCAGGUCGUUUGGCAAGGCGUCUGCUAGCCUUAUUGCCAGGUCGUCUACUAGGUCAUCU